AAAAAGAGAGAGAGAGUUUCCGGAAACCCUAAAACCCCAGGCUGUUACGCGGAACAGAGGCAGCAGAGAGAACAGACGGAGAAGAAAAUGAGUCACCAUUGCUUAGACCUCUCUGCGAAUUGUUCAUCCCUUUUCGCCUCUCCGAAAUCUUGUUCGUCUCUGUUGCCGAUAAAGCUCUCCAGUUCCCAGUUCUUCUUUCGCUCUGGUAAGAAUUCACGGGGAAGAUCGAGGCUUACCUCUGCUUGUCCUCACUCGAGACUCCAGCCAUGGCGGUCGGGGUCCAUCACCAGAAUCUUCAACUCGUUCCGACCCGUCUCGGAGCUUUCCGACUCGGGCAAAGCUUGUUCUCCGGAGAAAGUGGGGAAGAGGACCGAUCUGAAGAAGAUUCUGAUCCUCGGCGCCGGUCCCAUCGUGAUCGGACAAGCUUGUGAGUUUGAUUAUUCAGGAACUCAAGCUUGUAAAGCCCUGAGGGAAGAAGGGUACAAGGUUAUCCUGAUCAACUCGAACCCGGCAACGAUCAUGACUGACCCUGAAACCGCCGACCGGACAUACAUAGCUCCAAUGACGCCGGAGCUCGUCGAACAGGUUAUCGAGAAGGAGCGUCCGGACGCUCUGUUGCCCACCAUGGGAGGUCAAACCGCCUUGAACCUCGCCGUGGCACUCGCUGAGAGUGGAGUACUCGAGAAAUAUGGGGUCGAAUUGAUCGGAGCGAAGCUUGACGCGAUCAAGAAGGCUGAGGAUCGGGAUCUGUUCAAGCAGGCAAUGAAGAACAUCGGGCUGAAGACGCCUCCUUCGGGCAUUGGCAACACGCUCGAUGAGUGUUUCGAGAUUGCAGAGAGAAUUGGUGAGUUUCCUUUGAUUAUCCGUCCUGCGUUUACUCUAGGAGGUACAGGUGGUGGAAUUGCGUACAAUAAAGAGGAAUUUGAGUCAAUAUGUAAAGCGGGUUUGGCUGCGAGUUUGACUAGUCAGGUUCUUGUGGAGAAAUCAUUGUUGGGUUGGAAAGAGUAUGAGCUUGAGGUGAUGAGAGAUUUGGCAGACAAUGUUGUGAUUAUCUGUUCAAUUGAGAAUAUCGAUCCAAUGGGUGUGCACACGGGUGAUUCCAUCACUGUUGCGCCGGCACAGACCCUGACGGAUAAGGAGUACCAGAGGCUUAGGGAUUACGCCAUUGCCAUUAUCAGGGAAAUCGGUGUGGAGUGUGGUGGGUCUAAUGUGCAGUUUGCUGUGAACCCGGUUGAUGGUGAAGUUAUGAUCAUAGAAAUGAACCCUAGGGUUUCCAGAUCUUCAGCUCUUGCUUCUAAGGCUACCGGGUUUCCCAUUGCAAAAAUGGCAGCCAAAUUGUCUGUUGGUUAUUCUCUGGAUCAGAUUCCAAACGAUAUCACGAAGAAAACACCAGCUAGUUUUGAGCCCUCCAUUGAUUACGUGGUGACUAAGAUACCUAGGUUUGCAUUCGAGAAGUUCCCAGGAUCUCAGCCUCUGCUAACUACUCAGAUGAAAUCUGUUGGGGAAUCCAUGGCUCUCGGCCGUACAUUCCAAGAAUCUUUCCAGAAAGCUCUAAGGUCUCUGGAAUGCGGGCACUCGGGCUGGGGAUGUGCAAAAGUUAAAGAGCUAAAUUGGGACUGGGAACAGCUUAAAUUCAGCCUCAGAGUCCCAAACCCGGACAGGAUCCAUGCAAUAUAUGCCGCAAUGAAAAAGGGCAUGAAAGUUGAUGAGAUCCACGAGUUGAGCCUCGUGGACAAAUGGUUCCUAACCCAACUCAAAGAGCUCGUGGACAUUGAACAGUAUCUUACGUCGAGGCCUUUGUCAGAGGUCACGAAAGAAGACCUUUAUGAAGUGAAAAAACGGGGAUUCAGCGAUAAGCAGAUCGCUUACGCCACAAAGACAAGCGAGAAAGAGGUUCGUACCAAGCGGAUCUCUUUAGGAGUUGUUCCUUCUUACAAAAGGGUGGAUACUUGUGCUGCAGAGUUUGAAGCCCAUACUCCUUACAUGUACUCUUCUUAUGAUUAUGAGUGUGAAUCUGCUCCAACCGACAAGAAGAAAGUUCUGAUUUUGGGCGGAGGUCCGAACCGUAUUGGUCAGGGGAUUGAAUUUGAUUAUUGUUGUUGCCACACAUCUUUCGCCUUACAGGAUGCUGGAUUCGAGACAAUAAUGAUGAACUCGAAUCCCGAGACGGUGUCUACAGAUUAUGAUACGAGUGACAGACUCUAUUUCGAGCCCCUCACUGUUGAGGACGUUUUGAACGUCAUCAACCUUGAGAAACCCGAUGGCAUCAUUGUGCAGUUUGGUGGGCAAACGCCUCUGAAGCUCGCUCUUCCGAUCAAACAUUAUUUAGACGAGCAAAUGCCCAUGAGCUCGAGUGGAGCAGGGCCUGUUCGCAUAUGGGGUACAUCACCGGACUCCAUUGAUGCAGCUGAAGACAGAGAGAAGUUUAACACAAUGCUGAAGGAGCUUAAGAUUGAGCAGCCAAAAGGAGGGAUUGCAAAGAGCGAGGCCGAUGCCCUUGCCAUUGCAAAGGACAUAGGUUACCCGGUCGUUGUACGGCCUUCUUAUGUUUUGGGUGGACGGGCGAUGGAGAUUGUGUACGAUGAUGGUAAGCUUAUAACGUAUUUGGAGAAUGCCGUUGAAGUUGAUCCUGAACGACCCGUUUUGAUCGAUAAGUAUCUCUCUGAUGCCAUUGAAAUCGACGUCGACUGCCUUGCUGAUUCCUAUGGAAACGUCGUGAUCGGUGGGAUCAUGGAACAUAUCGAGCAGGCCGGUGUUCAUUCGGGUGAUUCCGCCUGUAUGCUUCCCACGCAAACUAUCCCAUCUUCUUGUUUACAAACCAUUAGGUCAUGGACCACGAAGCUGGCAAAGAAGUUGAAUGUCUGCGGGCUCAUGAAUUGUCAAUAUGCGAUCACAACAUCUGGGGAUGUUUUCUUGCUCGAAGCGAAUCCCCGAGCUUCUCGGACCGUCCCGUUUGUCUCGAAAGCCAUUGGCCACCCUCUUGCCAAGUACGCAGCACUGGUGAUGUCGGGGAAAUCACUCCAAGACUUGAACUUUACGCAAGAGGUUAUCCCGAAACAUAUCUCCGUGAAAGAAGCUGUGUUCCCGUUUGAGAAGUUCCAGGGCUGCGAUGUGAUACUCGGCCCGGAGAUGAGAAGCACGGGAGAAGUAAUGAGCAUCAGCAACAUGUUCUCGAGUGCGUUUGCCAUGGCUCAGAUUGCCGCGGGGCAGAAGCUACCCUUGUCGGGCACCGUAUUCCUCAGUCUAAACGAUCUGACGAAACCCCACCUCGAGAAGAUUGCAAAAUCGUUCCUCGAGCUCGGGUUCAGGAUUGUGGCCACAUCGGGCACGGCUCAUUUCCUGGAACUGCAAGGCAUUCCGGUGGAGAGGGUCCUGAAGAUGCACGAGGGGAGACCGCAUGCGGGAGACAUGGUGGCUAACGGGCAGAUCAAUCUGAUGGUGAUAACGAGCUCGGGGGACGCUCUGGAUCAGAUAGACGGGCGUCAGCUCAGACGGAUGGCUCUGGCUUACAAGGUUCCGGUCAUAACCACGGUGGGCGGGGCAUUGGCCACUGCCGAGGCCAUCAAGAGCCUCAAGUCCCGCGCCAUCCAAAUGAUCGCUCUUCAGGACUUCUUCGAUGCCGAGAUAAUGGUGCGAUAAGCCUUGCUCUCACUAGGAGGAAGCCUAGUUGUCGGGUUAGUGUACGGUCCAAUUUGUUUCUCUCGUUCUCUGAUUUCAGUGCGGGAUUAGGGUUUCUGAUUGUUUAAACUCGGGGUUUUUUUUUGGGGGGGAUGAUGAUGAUGAUGAUGAUGAUGAACAGAUGAGGGUUGGAUUCUAGAUGCAUCAAGAUUUCUUGAAAAGGGUCGUUUGGCAUAACAGGUCAAAAUGGAACAUAUACUCAUAAUGAUGUAUUGGAAUGUGUCGACGAUACUCUUCGUUCUCGCAUUUGUACGAACCCAAUUCUGCAUUUUAUGCUCACGAUUCGAGUAUCCAUCAUGAUGAUGAUGAUGAUGAUGGACAUAUUUGGUUACUCUUGUUCAUAA